AUGUUCCUGAAAGUUGUGAUUUUCCCCACCACCCCAGGCUGUCCAACCAGCCCCACCAGCCCCACCAGCCCCACCACCCCAAGCUGUCCCACCUGCCCCCCCAGUCCCACCAGCCCCACCAGCCCCAGCUGUCCCACCUGUCCCCCAGUCCCACCAGCCCCCCACCAGCCCCAGCUGUCCCACCUGUCCCCCCCGGCCCACCAGUCCCACCACCCCAAGCUGUUCCACCAGUCCCACCACCCCAAGCUGUUCCACCAGUCCCACCAGUCCCACCAGUCCCCCGACCACCCCAAGCUGUCCCACCUGUCCCCACCAGUCCCACCAGCCCAGCUCCCAGUCCCACCAGUCCCUCCUGUCCCACCAGUCCCACCUGUCCCACCAGCCCCGCCACCCCAAGCUGUGCCACUAGUCCCACCACCCCAAGCUGUGCCACUAGUCCCACCAGUCCAACCAGCCCAAGCUAUCCCACCAGUACCACCAGCCCCACCAGCCCCCCACCAGCCCCACCAGUCCCACCAGCCCCAGCCAUCCCAGUCCCAGGUGCCCACUAGUCCCACCAGCCCCAGCUGUCCCACCAGUCCCACCAGUCCCACCAGUCCCACCAGUCCCACCACCAGCCCCACCACCCCAAGCUGUCCCUCACCUGUCCCACCAGCCCCCCCACCACCAGUCCCAGCCCCGCCCCCACCACCCCAAGUUGUGCCUCUAGUCCCACCAGUAGUCCCACCACCACCCCACCAGCUGUCCCACCAGUCCCACCAGUCCCACCAGUCCCACCAGUCCCCCCACCAGCCCCCCACCAGUCCCACCAGCCCCACCAGCCCCCACCCCACCAGUCCCACCAGUUCCACCAGUCCCACCAGCCCCCCACCACCAGUCCCACACCAGCCCCACCAGCCCCCACCAGUCCCCAGUCCACCAGCCCACCCCACCAGCCCCACCAGUCCCACCAGCCCCACCAGUCCCACCAGUCCCACCACCAGUCCCAGUCUGUUUUGGGAUGACCGUGGCCGGUACCUGGCGUGUGUGUCAGACAUCAGACUCUGGUGCAGUGCAGGUGUCUGGGCAGGGAUUAGUCCUGUCAUUAAACAACAGCGUUGUCGGAGUUGA